AUGGCAAUAACAGAAGUCACCAGCUCACAGGUACGUGCUCCCCAGGACACAAGUAUUCAGAAAGACCACACAGACUGUGACCAUUCCAGUGAUGGUUACGCAGUUCAGCAAAGCAAGAGAAGCAAGAAAAAGGGCCGCCAUGCUGCCAAGCAAACAAAGAGCGCCAAGCUGAGGUCAAGAAGCCAAUCUAGAGGUGAAAAUGAAGAAAAGGUAAACUUUCCUACAUCACUGGUUGAAGCCCAUCAUGCAGCAUAUGCUUAUCUCAACCCUAGCCUUUCUAAGUAUGAUGCCAUCCUGAGUCUAACUGAUCAGGCCACACAAACUCAGCUGAUGCUUCAACAGAUGGUGAGCUUCCUGACACUUCGCUUCGAGGAAAUCAACCAAAUGCUGGAGGAAAUAGCUGCUGAAGGCGAGAGGCUGGUCAGAGACAUUGGCCCUCAUCUCACCUGGCCUGCUGAGAAAGGAGACUCGAAAGAACAACCUGACCUCUUGCAACAGCUGCUGCUUUACACGGUGAACAAGAUGCAGGCAACCAAUGGAACCGUGACCUCUCUGACUGCCACUGUCCUGCAGGAAACCUGUGACUAUCUGCAGAGUGCAGCAAACAUUUUUCAGAAGAGGUUCUUGGUGAAACAACAAGUGGAUGAGAGGCUGCAGAUACUGAUUGACCAACUGGGGUCUUGCACGAUGCAACCAGCUCACACCAAACCAAGGGACGCCACCCUUUAUUCAGAGGACAGUGGCAUUGGUGGGGAUACAGACUCCACAAAGGAAUGUUGCACACUGAAGGAAUAUAGCAAUCCUGAGAAAGAUAUCAAUGCAGCGAGCUGCGAUUCCAAUGCUUACUCUUUGUGCAGGAAGUCCCAUCCAAAUCCCCCUCUCUCAAACCUAGCACGAACGUCGUGUUGCUGCUCAAAUUCUCAUCACCAUCAAUGCAGAGGCGCACCCUGCUCACCUCCGGAGGCGAAAGCUUCGUGCUCCCGACCCUCUGGGUCGGCAUCCAGUGCUUCGUUGAGGCAGAACAGGUCGCUGGGGUCGUUCACCAGCGUCGAGUGCGAGGCCCUGGCUCACAGCGAGUCCAUGGACUUCUGCUCGCUCGGCGAGGACGACGACGAGGAGGAAGGGAGCGAGUCGGAUUCCACCGCCGCCGGGAGCCCCCGGAGGCCGAGGUCGUCGCCGCCAGGAACCACAGGCGGGCGGACCGCCCUGAAGAGAAUAGAGAAACCGGAGAACGAGGAAAUGACCAUCAAGAUGAAGGACGCCAUCAGUCACAGAAUCCAAUUCGUCCCCACGCCCACCGCGUCGCAGGCUUGGUCGGACGACGAAAGCAAAGAGCAGCCGGCGAGGCCCCGCAGCGCCGGCGGACACAGGAGCCGCGGGCCGAAGAAGCGUCGCUCCAGGUCGGCCGAGUCGCUGCGCAGCAAGGCCGAGGACCCCACCCUGUUGGAGUUGCAGAGGACGCAAAAGGACCUGAGCCGGCGGCUGGACAGGAUGCACCGGGCCGGGGCUGGAGCUGAAGCCGGUCGCCGGAAGGGAGCGGGCAGCCCGGCCGCCGCCGAGCCCCAGGCAGCGGGCAGCCCGGCCCGAGCCCAGCCCAGCGCCACCAACACGAAGCUCCGGGCCUCCCUGCGGCGGAACUUCAGUGUGUUGCCCAGCCCGGAGAGGCCGCCCGGCCAGGCCAAGGCCGGCGGGUCGGUGCAGCUGCUGAUCGGCAGCUUCAACCGGGUGGGCGCCGAACCACCGGCGCCUCGCAGGCCCAGUGCUCCCACCCUGCCCUCGGUUCCGCACCUACCUCACAGGAAACAGCGGGCCAACAGCUCCCCGGUUAGUGCCGCCGCCGCCCUCCCCACGGUAACAGCGUCGACCGGGACGGACACCGACGAUUUCCCGCCGCCGCCGCCCACGACGCUCGAACUCGCCGCUGAUGCCGCCGCGCCGAGUUACGCAUGCGCAGCAACGGACACCGACGCGUACUUGGUGGCGGGAGACGGAGGCGCAUGCGCAGCGCCGGGCACCGGCUCCCCUUCGACGACGGGCGCAUGCGCAGCGCCGGGCACCGGCUCCCCCUCGGCCACGGGCGCCUGCGCGGCGGGGGAAGCGGCUGGCGGCCCGGCCUCCGUGUCCAAGGCAACGGUGACGCAGCGCCUCAUGGCGUCGCUGGACUCGGUGGCCCUGCUGCCCAGUCGGCACACGGGAAGCGGCGCCGGCCCGGCAGGGGCGAGGAGGCUUCAGGGAGCGGCGGAGCCCGCGUCUGGUCCGCGGUGGCACUGCGGCGGUGCCGGCAGGAGCCAGGAGCACACUCCCGGUGCCGAGCCUCAGCGCCGUUCGAGGCCAGCGGGGCCGCUCCAGGACUGGCAGCCCUACAAGAUCAUCAACCUGCGCUACGCCGGCGAUUCCGGCCGCCCGGCCGAGAGCGGGUCGGCGCUGCCGCAGCCUGACGCCGCCCGGCCGCCCGGUCCGCGCAAGGUGGCCGCUGCUGGGCCCCUCUCGGACAGGCGAGGGGAGGAACCGAGCGGUCCGGCGCCCGGGGGAGAGGUCGCUGGUGAAGAUCGGGCAGCCUUUCCCCCCGGCGCACUCACAGCGCCUUCGCCUCCCUUGAAGAGAGCGUGCCAGCAGUCAGAAUACUCCACCCAGCCAUCCCUCAACCCAACCCCACCGAAUGUGAACUCAACCCAGUUGUCUCUCAACUCGAAACAAUCACAUCCAAGCCCACCAAGAGUUAGUAAACAGCAAACUCCUCCGGCCAGUCCAACAAGAUCCCAUCCUGUUAUGGCAAGGAAGCUGCCGAGUCCUCCUACCCAUCGAAAGCUUCCAAGCCCACCUACACAACAGAAGCAGCCCAGCCCAUUCCUGCACCGUAAGCUGCCAACACCCCCUGCUAGCUCCAGACAACCAAGUUCAGCAUCGUCUGCAAAAAUUGGAUCCAAUGCUUUAUCCAUAUUCUGUCCAUUGUCUAACUCCAUAUUUGAAGCUAAGCCGCCUUCUCUGCUUAUUCUAAUCCCCGUGAACUACUUUUCUUCCCACAACAGUUUAGAUGGAAACUCUGAGAAUGAAGGGGGUCCAUGGAUGGGCUAUUAUGUUUCCGAUCUGAGAAGCCCCAGCCGAUCUGUCUCGCACCCAGAACUGUGCAUCGUUGGCCAGAGGCUCCAGUGA